CCCCGCCCGGCACAAUCGGCGGCUUCCGCUUCCGGCGGCGGGGCCGGGGCAGGAGGGAAAAGUCCUUUGGAAACCAGGCAGUGCCAGGGUCUGCCUGCUGGAGUCCUGCGUCGGGGAGGACACCACUGCCAUGCUGGAGGCCCCUGGACAGUCUGUGCACAGAGCAGAGCACGAUGCCUUUUCUGCACGGCUUCCGCAGGAUCAUUUUCGAGUAUCAGCCCCUGGUAGAUGAGAUCUUGGGGUUGCUGGCGAUACAGGAUGCGGAACAGCAAAGCGCCCUUGAGAGCCCUGCCUGUCUGGGCAGUGACAGGAGCCAGCUCUCGGCUGUGAGACGAGUCUUGGAGAGGGAGACCCACUCCCCGUUUUAUCAGGAAGCUGUGAGCUAUGCCCUGCUGAAGGUCACUGAGCUGGGGCUCGUCCCCGCUGCAGAAAUCCUCCUGGAGUUUGGAGCUGACCUCAGCUUUGAAGAUCCAGUCACCUACUACACCCCUCUGCACAUCGCGGUGCUCCGCAACCAGCCGGAUAUGGUGGAGCUCCUGGUGCACCACGGGGCUGACAUCAACCGCAGAGACCGGAUCCAUGAGAGCAGUCCCCUCGAUCUGGCCAGCGAGGAGCCCGAGCGGCUGCCGUGCCUCCAGCGGCUGCUUCAGCUGGGGGCCGAUGUCAACGCAGCUGACAAAAAUGGAAAGACAGCACUGUUGCAUGCCCUGGCCAGCAGUGACGGGGUCCAGAUCCACAAUACGGAGAGCAUCCGUCUCCUGUUGGAAGGAGGUGCAGAUGUCAGAGCCACCACCAAAGAUGGUGACACUGUCUUCACCUAUGUCAUCUUCCUGCUGGGAGAAAUGGUGUGCAGCAACACUGAGGAGGCACAGGUGAUCAAUCGCUUCUGCUUUCGUGUCACACAGCUGCUGCUGGCUCACGGUGCCAACCCCAGCGAGUGUCCAGCCCCCGAGUCCCUCACCCACCUCUGCUUCAAAAACUUCAAACGCCACUUCCCACUGCUGCGUUUCUUGCUGGAGUCAGGUGCUACCUACAACUGCUCCCUCCACGGUCCCUCGUGCUGGUCAGGCUUCCACAUCGUCUUUGAGUGCCUCUGCUCGCACCUCAGUGUCUCUGAAGACGACAGCUUCUCUACAGACCUCAUCCAGAAGGGUCAGACUGUGCUGGAGCUCAUGAUGGCCAGUUCACAAGCCAUCCAGCUGCCCAGCAACUUCGAGGUCAACACCAGCAGCUGUAGGUACCACGGGGAAAAGAUCAGGACUCUCUUCUGCUCUCUGAAGCAGCUGGAGCGCUCCCCACAGGCAUUGAAACAUCUCUGCAGAGUGUUUAUCCGGCAGCGCCUUAAACCGUGGCCAGUAGAUGUCAAAAUCAAGGCUCUACCUCUUCCAGACAGGCUGAAGUGGUACCUCCUCAUUGAUCACGCUGCUGCCGGGCACGAGGACCUCUGAGCCUGACUAUCCCUCUCCGUCUCCCCCCUCCACGGUCAUGGUGUGCCUACAGCCGCCAAAUCUCUGCUCUGGGCCAGUUUUCUCUGCAGCAAGAGGUGUUGCUGUCCCCGUGCCCAUGGCUUGGCCAGUGCUGCCUGCUGUGUCCCCCUCUGCUGUGUUUGGGGGGUGUAGUUUUUUGUGCAUGGCACCGCACACACGUCAAGAGGUCUCGUCACUCUGGGGCAUGUCACGGGGAGAUGGGCAGAGCCCUGUGGCUCUCUGGGGGUGAAACAGAGCCCCUGGAAGAGCGUCAGGGAGCCAGACUCUUGGGCAGAGGGCUGGUUUGUGUGGAUUUUAAGAAAAGUCCUGGCAGGCAGGACCAGUGGAGCAGUUGGGGUGGCGUGACCAGAGAGGCAGCCUGUCCUUGCUCUUUCCAGCCCUGUUGGGCCCAGCGUGGGUGAAGCAGUGCCUUAGGCAAGCGGCAGAGUCCCGAGAUGCCUUGGGGUGCCGGGAAAAGAGGUGUUCCCUGUGCCAGGAGAGUGCUGGCAUCUGUGUCCUGGGCUCCUGCCUCCGCUCCUGCUGGUGGGAGCAGCCGUGGUGGAGGCAGGUCUAACAUGUCCAUGUGGAUGUCGAUGCCUUCCUUGCUCACCCGGGCUCCUGAAACCAGGAGCGUGGCAGCGGUGAGGGAAGCGGGGCUGGCAGCUGUGGCCGGCUGCUCGGCACCCUGAGUUUCUGCUGGGAGCACCCCAUCUUCCUGGCACAGGACGUCUUGGAGGUGCUGGGCUCCAAAACAGACAAAUGGGUGUUUCUUGACUUUGUGGUGUAUUCCCUGUGCAAGGAUGAGGAAUGGCUAACUGCUGAGUGCCUUGUGCCUCUGCUCCUUGGCUCUUUCCCUUGCUGACUGCUCCCAGGACCUUGGUGUCCAGUGCCACUUUCCCAGGAACAGGGAAUUUCAGCAGAACUUGGGGUUUUCUUUCCAAGCUGCUACUGGAAACUCCAAAAUGGAGCUGCAUGAGGAUGUCCUGUGUCCCAGCCUUGCCACAGCUGUCUGGCUCCCCCUUCUAGGCAUCUGCUUCCUCAUGAUGUGCCAAAGACUGACCACAGAGCUGAGCCCCCCCCCCACUAUUUUUUGGUUUUGUUUGUCAUGGGGGACAGAUGCAGAAGAGGAUGAAGAGGGGAAGAAAAAAAAAAACUCUAUUCUGAGCAGGUACAGUGUAUAGCUGGUGGAUCUGGGAUCCACAGGCAUUUGGCUGCAGGAGGGUUGUGACCUCCCCCGUUGCCCUCCUGCAGUGUCUGUGUGUUACCUUCUCCCAUCCCAUGGAACUGGAGCUGUGCAUGUUGACAAAUUGAUGUUAAAAAUAAAUAAUAUUGUGAUCAAA